AUGGUGACCAUGUCUACACUCACCAGUAUCUACACUCACCGGUGUCUACACUCACCAGUAUCUACACUCACCAGUUUCUGCACUCACCAGUAUCUACACCCACCAGUAUCUACACCCACCAGUAUCUAUGGUGACCAGUAUCUAAACGUACCAGUAUACUUAGCAGAAUCUACACUCACCAGUAUCCACACUCACCAGUAUCUACACUCACCAGUAUCUGCACUCACCAGUGUCUACACUCACCAGUAUCUACACUCACCAGUAUCUGCACUCACCAGUAUCUACACUCACCAGUAUCUGCACUCACCAGUAUCUGCACUCACCAGUAUCUACACUCACCAGUAUCUGCACUCACCAGUAUCUGCACUCACCAGUAUCUGCACUCACCAGUAUCUGCACUCACCAGUAUCUACACUCACCAGUAUCUACACUCACCAGUAUCUACACUCACCAGUAUCUACACUCACCAGUAUCUACACUCACCAGUGUCUACACUCACCAGUAUCUGCACUCACCAGUAUCUGCACUCACCAGUAUCUACACUCACCAGUAUCUGCACUCACCAGUAUCUACACUCACCAGUAUCUACACUCACCAGUAUCUACACUCACCAGUAUCUACACUCACCAGUAUCUACACUCACCAGUGUCUACACUCACCAGUAUCUGCACUCACCAGUAUCUGCACUCACCAGUAUCUGCACUCACCAGUAUCUACACUCACCAGUAUCUACACUCACCAGUAUCUACACUCACCAGUAUCUACACACACCAGUAUCUACACUCACCAGUAUCUACACUCACCAGUAUCUACACUCACCAGUAUCUACACUCACCAGUAUCUACACUCACCAGUAUCUACACUCACCACUUAUCGAAGCCCGGGCAGCCUCCUCCUCCACCUCCUUCUGAAAAGAGAAAAAAAAUAGGCAACAAAACGAGGGCUUUCUUUGGCGUCGUCAAGGGAACGGCGGCGCGCAGGGACAGUUUGAUGAGUUGCUCGGCAUCGUGGGAUACGGCUGUCAGUGGCGACGUCUCUGCCACCGCGGAGAUAACCUUCAGGGGUGACAGGCGAGACAAAGGGAACAGCCCCGCGCUCUGCGGCCUCCCGCUGGGACCAACAUCGAUCCUCAUCCAAGCGGAUCAAUACAUCGAGCUGCACAAGAAGAAGGAGAAGAAGACGAAGAAGAAGACGAAGGAAGCAGUUUUUUGUUGA